AGAGCUCGUGUGCUUGAACGGAUUAACGCGUAGUCUGUGAAUUGGUCCAAGGUGCCAAUACAUACGCGCGCACACUUACACACAAAGGCGCAAGAAGAAGAAGGAGCAGCAGGCGGACCGUGAAAGUGAAUGGGGCUCUUGGGAAUACAAGGGGUGAUGCAAACGAAUGCGAAAAGUGAAAUUAAAUUUCAUCUGCAACUUUGAAGUUGAAAUUCGUAAUCGGAUCGUAGCGGUUAGUAGAGGUGGUGCUAAUGGUGUCGAAUGGUCGGUCGUUAAAGAUAGUCAAAAACAAAAACAAAAACAACAAAUGGAAUAGCAUGAAGCGUACAAGUCUGUUAAUGAGGUGAUUGAGUGUGACAAAAAAAAUUAAGAAAAAUCAUGACUUAACAAAUAUUUCCUAAGUCAUUUUAACGUGAAAAUGGAACUCAAUGCAGAGUCAACUUGCAUUGAAGCAACAACAAAAUAAUUAACUAAAGUAUCAACAGCAGCAGCACGAAGUACACCGUUUCGAAAGCACAAAAUGCCACAACACAACUUCAAUGCGCUCCUCCCAUGACAUAUGUACAAUAAACGAAAAAAAAAACGAAAACACAGGAACAACAACUAAAUCACUCAUCACGCUCACCAUUGGGACUUCACGUAUGACCACCAACUCAGCAAUCACACAACGAAGCACAACAACAAAAACACGAUAAUGUGUAAAACAAAAGGCAGCAACAGUAGCAGAGGUAGAAGAAAAUCGAAUGAGUGCAGCAUCAGUGAGAGUGGCGUGAUAAGCACGCGGCGGAUGGGUUGUUGCACGCUAUUACUUUUAGUCAUACUCACAUUAGUACACAUUCCCAGCGCGAGAUGUAAGCGAAAAGAAAUGGCAGCUGGUCGGCUAGAGAAUGUUACACAAACUAUAUCAAAAAUUCUACAAGGUUACGAUAUACGAUUGCGUCCGAAUUUCGGAGGUGAACCAUUGCAUGUGGGCAUGGACCUCACCAUUGCCAGCUUUGAUGCUAUCUCUGAAGUAAAUAUGGACUACACCAUCACCAUGUAUCUAAAUCAGUAUUGGCGCGACGAGCGACUAGCAUUCAAUGCAUACGGCCCAUACUAUGAUGACGAUGCCGACGAUGAUGGCGUCAAUGAUGUCUUGACGCUCUCCGGGGACUUCGCAGAGAAAAUAUGGGUGCCCGACACAUUUUUUGCGAACGAUAAAAAUAGUUUCUUACAUGACGUCACCGAGCGUAACAAAUUAGUGCGUUUAGGUGGCGACGGCGCUGUCACUUACGGCAUGCGCUUUACAACAACACUCGCCUGCAUGAUGGAUUUGCAUUAUUAUCCGUUGGAUUCGCAGAAUUGUACAGUAGAAAUUGAGAGUUAUGGCUAUACCGUCAGCGAUGUGGUAAUGUAUUGGAAACCCACGCCGGUGCGUGGUGUCAUGGACGCCGAAUUGCCACAAUUCACGAUAAUCGGCUAUGGAACGAACGAUCGCAAAGAGCGUUUGGCCACUGGCAUCUAUCAGCGUCUAUCGCUCUCCUUUAAAUUGCAACGGAAUAUUGGUUAUUUUGUAUUUCAAACAUAUCUGCCAAGCAUAUUGAUUGUGAUGCUUUCGUGGGUGUCCUUCUGGAUCAACCACGAAGCAACGAGUGCGCGCGUCGCAUUAGGCAUAACCACCGUGCUCACUAUGACCACAAUUAGCACCGGAGUGCGUAGUUCCUUGCCAAGGAUAUCUUAUGUCAAAGCCAUUGACAUCUACUUAGUGAUGUGUUUCGUGUUCGUCUUUGCUGCUCUACUCGAAUAUGCAGCUGUCAAUUACACAUAUUGGGGCAAACGGGCAAAGAAGAAAGUGAAAAAGUCCAAAGAUGGUGAAGGGAGAAAAACAGGCAAAGGCGACAAAUCCGAAACGUGUUCAACAGCCGAGGACAUCAUCGAGUUGCAGGAUGUGCGCAUGAGUCCUAUACCCUCACUGCGCAAAGGCAACUACAAUAGCACGCUCGGCUCCAUAGGAACCGAGACUGUGGACCUGGCAAAGUUUCCACCGAGCUUUAGAAUUACACGCAACUAUGGCACGAAUCGUACACAUUUGCGCUAUAGAGGUCAAAAAGGCAAGCCACGCAUGCUGCACGCGCUCAAACGUGGCGCAUCCGCCCUCAAAGCCACCAUACCAAAAAUCAAAGAUGUCAACAUUAUCGACAAAUAUUCACGCAUGGUGUUCCCAGUCAGCUUUUUAGCCUUCAACCUGGGAUAUUGGCUGUUCUACAUUCUGGAAUGAUAGCACCUGAUGACACUUCACGCCAAAUAGGACGAACCCUAGUUAGUGUGUAGUGUGCGAGUAACCAGAACCUGAAAUUCCGAAAUUUCCAAAAGUCAAAGCACAACAACUCAAAUCAAAAUCCAAUACAAAAUUUUUAAGGAGAGAAAAUCGAAUCAAAAAGAAUUUAGUAACAAAAUUCUACUCCAAACAACACACCAACCAAAUGUGUCCCAAGAAUUAGCGCACGAACAAUGGAUGUGAAAAAUGUGAAAUCUAAACAAUUUCUUAGCAAAGGAGCUAGUAAAAUUUGCAAAAUGACCAAACGAGAACCAACCCAAAUUGUGACUAUUAAGAUCCUAAUAAAAGACAAAAAAAACAAAAAAAAAAAUAAACAAAAAAUUAAUAUCAAAGCACGAGUUCAAUG